AUGUCUUGGGCCCACCACUGAACUAUUUUUGGCUGUAAGCUUCUCUCACUCAUAAGUUAUGCUUACCCCUUGUUAUAGCCAUUGUUGUUGCCUUCUAUGCUAUACUGAUUUACAUAUCAAAAUCUACAAGACUAUCAGGGACUUUUCAGAUUAGAUCGAGCUUUGAUGGGAACGCAGAUGUGUUUGAAGAGGAAAGUGGGGUUUAUAGGAUCUAUGCUGAGAAUAAAUUGGCUGGAGCUUAUGCUAAUGGAUAUACGACUGCUUCUAACAGGCUUUGGCAGAUGGAAUAUCUAAGAAGACUCGCUCAAGGAAGACUGAGCGAGAUCUUCGGUCAAUCAACAGUGCCUAUCGAUGAAGGAUUCAGGAUUCUUGGGUUCAAAAAAGUGUGUGAGGAAGAACUUGAAUAUUUGAAAGAUUAUAAUACAGAAUUGGUAGAUGCUUAUUUCCAAGGAGUGAAUGAUUAUGCUCACACUCAUUCGAGUCCCCUCCAAUUUCAUUUUUUCGGAAUCAAUUAUGAGAACUACACAAUUGUGGAUUCUUGCACUCUCACAAAGCUAACGGGGUUCAUGUUAUGUGGAAAUUGGGGAGACGAAGUAGUAAGAGAUUACCUGAGUGCUAUUACUCAAGAUGAAGAGCUUGUGCAAGGCCUCUACUCAUAUUCAGACUCUCAAUUUGAUGAAUUUUCGACUACUAUUCUAAAUGAACAGGAGCUGAUUGACAUUGGAUUUAAUACUACAGAAAGACUUCCUCAAGUAGAAAAUUUACUCAAAGGAAAUAUCACUAAUUAUGUCGAUGAAGUUGUCUCUGAAAUGAUUGAGGAAAUUGAGAGUGUCAAAAUUGAUGGAAGCAAUGCUUGGAUAAUCAGUGGAGAGCAUACUGAGACAGGCAUGCCAAUUAUUUCCAAUGAUCCACAUCUCGGAAAUUCAUUACCAUCAAUUUGGUAUUAUUCGCACAUUGAGUAUCCGGAUGGAGCAUUCAUCAGUGGAGCAACUAUACCUGGAAUACCAUUUUUCGCAGUAUUCACCACUGAGAAAAUAGCUUUCACAAUUACCGCGAUUCCAGCUGAUGGAAGCGAUGUGUACAAGGAAAAGAUUAUUGGGAAUGAAUAUGAAUACGAAGGGAAGCUAUACCCUCUCAAUGUGAGAAAAGAAGUCAUUAAAGUUAAAAACAGUAAUAGCAUAGUUCUGAAGGUAAAAAGUACAAGGCAUGGACCACUUCUCAAUCCAAAAAGCAUCGAAGCACUGAAUAAUGUUGCCAAAGGAGCCCCAAUCAAAAUGCCAAAGGGAGAUUAUUCAUACAGAUGGGGAGGAAUUAUUCCACAAGAUAAUCAAGCUUUUAAGACAUUCAGUAAUAUCAAUGAUGCCCAAUCUGCAAAAGAACUUCUAGAUAUGGUGAAGCAGUCUAGUGGAUUCGAUGAUAAUAUUCUCUUCUGAGACAACCUAGGAGAACAUGGUAACAUUGGAUAUGCUCCUUAUGGGUCUUAUCCAAAGAGAACCAAAGAUGCAGGCCACAGGAUCUCAAGAGGUUGGAUCAAUGAGAAUGAGUGGGAUGAAUACAUUCCAGGAGAUGAGAAGCCGUACUUGUUAAACCCAAAGAAAGGAUAUAUUGUAAUGGCCAACAAUCCAAUCAGUACUGCAAACACUAAAAAUCAGAUUUCUACUUACAGUCUUGGAACUGCAAGAGCAUAUAGAAUUUCUGAGCUGAUAGAAGAACUAAUCAGAACUAAGAGUGGAAGCAUUGGAUACAAAGACAUGAUUGACAUCCUCAGCGAUGUAAAAGACCCAUAUGCUGAACAGAAGAAGCAAUAUUUUAUCAACAUCACCAGACAAUACAUGAAGAAAAAUAACAUUGAGAGCCAAGGGAAAGAAGAAAUCAUGAACAUGCUCGACAAGUGGGAUGGCACUUACAAGAUAGACAUGAAAGAGCCAGUUUACUUCACAUUGUGGGAAUUCUUCUUCAGAAGUACUUUCAUGACAGAGCAAUUCAAAAAUAAUAAAGAAACUAAAAUGAAAAUUUUCUCAAAUGGAUAUUUUGAAGCCAAUUUCGUACAACUUUUCAGAAAUAUUUCUUCAAAUCCUGAUCAUUUUGCAAAAUAUUGUAGAAAGUAUGGAGCAAUAGAUUCUGAAAAUUGUCCUCAUUUGCUCUACCUUUCGCUAAACAAUACAAUCGAGUACACUAGAGCUUUCCAUGAUAGCGACACUUUGUGGGGAGAUGUGCAUACGAUGAGAUACCCUAACAUUCCUUUCACAAAAUCAAUACUGAAGUGGUUCUUUGAUAGAGAAGUUAAAGCUUCUGGCAACUUGAACACGAUCAAUAUGGCAGGUUUCAAAUUCAGCAAGUUUGAAGGAAAGAAUACCCCAAAUACUUAUUAUAUCGGAGAUAUUUGGAGCUGGUUAUUUGCUUCAAAGAGAGAGUUUCCGUCUGAUUAUUCUGGAAACCUCAAAUUUAUCUCCUUGAUGAACGGUACAGUGUACUACUCUCUUGACACUGGAGUCAGCGAGAGCUUGUUCUCAGGUUUUUAUUUCAAUAUGAAUCCAAGACACAUGAUGAACAAACUUUACAGAGCUGAUUUCCCAAGAGAAGACUAUUUCCUCGCAAUGGAUAUGGAACCAAUGAGAAGAUUUAAGAUAAAAAAUAUAGAGGCUAAGGCAUGCAUUGAGGAUCUUUAA